AGUCUGUAUGGAGGGUUCUGUCACGGCUUGAGUCGAGAUAAAUACUAGCUGUGUUUCAGAUUUAUUGAAGAUACCUUCGUUUCCUGACCUGGCUGGCUGUCUUUUGAUGUAGGAAAACGGGUCAUACGGUUGUUUUUCAUGUGGAACAGCUCGCCUUCUACAUGUGGAUAGUAUCACGUUUGACUGCCUGUGACUGCCAGGAGCUACGAGGCCAAGCCUAAACGCAGAAAAUUAUAACUAGGUUCAGAUGUAAACAAAUAUGAUAACGUUAAGAAUUAUGGUUCCAGAUAGUCGGUAGAUCAGUAGUUUUUAUGUUCAUAGUCUAAUUUUCCAUUUGACCUACUCGAUACAUUUUCAUUAACGAUGCGGACGAACUGAACGCGUCAACAUCAAAGCGUGUUAGUUGACCUGAUAAACUUUUUAGAAACUUAGUAUGCAGUGAGCUUGCAAGUAUCCUAAUCACAUCUCGCCACAGCUCAUAUAUCCUGACUGUUCUGGCUGUGGAUGCCUUGAGUUAUCGCCUUUUCUCCCCUUACACGGUUGUGAGGACAUUUGUUGAAAUUAGAAGUUAGUCGUCAACUAUACUGUUCAAAAUGUCACUGAAGGAGUAUGAGAGACACUAUGCCUCGUUGAAUUCAGACUCUGGGAGUGAGUCUGUGGUCAGUGGAAGAUCGAGUGGAAGUGCUUUCGUCGGAGAGGAGGAAAAGUUACAUUACAUUCCUAUUAGGAUUCUGGGAAAGGGAGCUUUUGGGGAAGCUACCUUGUACAGAAGAACUGAGGAUAAUUCCUUAGUGGUCUGGAAGGAGAUUGAUCUGAACUGCCUCUCUGAUAAGAAACGCAGAGAUGUAAUGAAUGAAAUCAGCAUCCUGUCCAUUCUUCACCACAGCAACAUCAUCGCUUAUUUCAACCAUUUUAUGGACAAGAACACCCUGCUCAUUGAACUUGAAUAUUGCAAUGGUGGAAAUCUUUAUGAUAAAAUAAACCAGCAGAAGGGGCAACUCUUCACUCAGGAGGUUGUCAUAUGGUAUCUCUACCAGAUUGCUUCAGCUGUGGCCCACAUUCACAAAGCAGGCAUCCUACACAGGGAUAUUAAAACAUUGAAUAUCUUCUUGACGAAGACUAAUCUGAUAAAGCUGGGAGAUUAUGGCCUAGCCAAGAAACUGGACUCAGAGUAUUCUAUGGCUGAAACAUGUGUGGGAACUCCAUACUACAUGUCCCCUGAACUUUGUCAAGGAGUGAAAUACAACUUUAAAUCAGACAUCUGGGCCAUGGGCUGCGUGUUAUAUGAGCUCUUAACCCUCACCAGGACGUUCGAUGCCACGAAUCCUCUGAACCUGUGUGUGAAAAUUGUCCAGGGCAACUGGACCAUGGAGGUUAACUCAGAUAUCUACUCCACUGACCUCAUCACACUGGUACAUCAGUGUUUGGAUCAGGACCCAGAGAAGAGACCAACUGCAGACCAGAUUCUGGACCAGCCUAUCAUCUCCUGUGUUAGACAGGACCUGGAGGAAAGAGUGGCAGUGCUGAACUCAGCCAUUAAGAAACCCAAGUUGAGCACAGUAACAGAAAGCCCAGUUGCUGUGGUGACCACUCGCUCAAGAGAGGUAUAUUUUUGGGGAGGGGGAAAAUUCACCCCCCAGAAGCUGGACAUGUUUAAGGGAGGCAGUAGCGCCCAGCAGGUGUGUGCUGGAGAGAACCAUUUUGCCGUGGUGACUGUGGAGAAAGAGCUUUACACUUGGGCUAGUGUGCAGGGUGGUGCUAAGAUGGUGGGUCAGCUGGGGCACGGAGAUCAAGCGUCGUACCGUCAGCCGCGUAAGGUGGAGAGGCUGCAGGGUAAAGCCAUCAGACAGGUGGCCUGCGGGGCAGACUUCACUGCCUGUGUCACUGAUGAGGACCAGAUGUACAUGUUUGGUUCAGACUACUAUGGGUGCAUUGGGGUUGAGAAUGAGCUGGGUAUGGAAGUUCUGGAGCCGGUUCUGCUGGAGUUCUUCAGCGAGAGACCAGUCCGACAGGUGUCCUGUGGAGAUAACCACGUGGUGGUUUUGACUCAGCGUGGGGACAUCUACUCCUGGGGCUGUGGAGAACACGGUCGAUUGGGUUUAGACUGUGAAGAUGACUUUUCCUCUCCAAUGCAAGUGGAGCUGCCUAAAGGUGCCAUUAUUGACUCCGUGUAUUGUGGAAGUGAUGGCACGUUUUUCCUCACCGAGGCUGGGAAAGUUCUGGCCUGUGGGAAUAAUGAACUCAACAAGCUUGGGCUCAAUCAAGGAAUCACAGGCAUUAAAAACCAUCCUGGAGAGGGCUACCAGGGGAUCCCUUACACUACCACUCUCACCCUGGUCAAGCAGCUUGCCCGCUACAAGAUUCAAAUCAUUGCCCCUGGGAAAACCCACACCGCAGCCAUCGAUGAGCGGGGACGUCUGAUGACUUUUGGCUGUAAUAAGUUUGGACAGCUAGGUGUGAAAGACUUUAAGAAGCACCAGGGAGUUCAAAUAUUGGUUGGACCAUUUGGUGGAAAAGUCGUCACUAAGGUGUCCUGUGGGGAUGGCUUCACCAUUGCAGCCACAGAAGAUAACCAGAUCUUUGCAUGGGGUAAUGCAGGGAAUGGGCGUUUGGGCAUGCCUGCUGACAAAGGCUUUGGUUCAGAGGUUUGUCCCGCAUUACCAAGACCCAUUUUCGGUUCUCUACAUCAUGUGCCUGACCUGUCGUGUCGUGGAUGGCACACCAUUCUCAUCAUGGAAAAGGUUCUCAACUCCAAAACUAUCCGUUCUAACAGCAGUGGACUCUCCAUUGGAAGUGGUGUAGCUCACGGCUCUACCUCAUCAGUGGAUUUGGAGACAGAACCGGGUUCAGAUUUCGACCUUAGGGAGGGUAUCAUGGGGGGCACUAUGGAGGCGGACACUGAUGAGAGAGGACUCGAGACCCCCAUUUUCUCCAUGGUCAGCAAGACUAAUGAUAGCUCCUGCCCCUCGUGGCUUCGCAAGGAGCUGUUAGACGCAGAGUUCAUCCCUAUGCCAGAGGGUUCCACAGACUCCAUGUCAGACCCUCUGUCUCCUUCUUUCUCUGAGAGUGCUACCCUCCCAUAUGACGAGCUGCAGGAGCUGAAGGCAGCAGCUGCCGCUGCCACGGGAAAGGGUGUCCCGCAGCAGACUGCAUGUGUGGACUAUGAGAAGGUGAAUGGAGUGGAUGCAGGAGCUUAUAAGAAAAGCACCCAGCAACAGCAAAGCCCUGAACAGCACUGUUGCCAAGCCAGCAGUGAGGUAGCUCAGCUCCGGGAGAUGGUGAAUAGACAAGAGGCCACUAUCCAGUCAUUACAGAGACAGUUCAGUGAUCAGCUCAAAGAGAAUGAGAGACUGUGGAAGGCCAUUCAGAACCUCACAAUGGGUGGCACAGUAGGUGAAAAAAACAACAGCAACCACCAUUCAGGUGACUCACCUGAUGAUGAUUGAUGAGAGCUGACCCAAUCAGUGAUUCAAUCAGAGAAUCUCGAUGAUGACACUGAAUCAAUGCUGAAGCAUAUGUCAAUUUUGAGCCUUCUAGCCUAAGGUGAUACCUUACAUAUUAAUACUUAACAUGAGGACAGUUUUAACUCACAAGUUUGCUGGUCCAUUUUAGUGUCUUGUGGGAGUUACAAUGCAUAAAAAAAGGAUUUUAAAAAAGUUUAAUGUCUCUCUAAAAAGCCUUUACUCUGUUUGGGAUGCCUGACAUACUGAUUACAUGAUACUGUAUUAGUUGGCAUGGCUGUUUUCAUUCCUUUGUGUUCAGUUGGUGUGGUAUCACUGUGGCGUUUCAUAUAACCCUCCGUUUAACUUUCUGUGCACUAUACAACAUUUCCAUAAUGUAUGAUGUCAUUAGCGUUGGGUAUAAAAAGCUAUGUAAAAUGUUUUGGGUUAUUUCAAUAUUUGAUAUCUCCAGUUUGGCAGCGUUUAUAUAUUCUUAGUGCUAAUGUAAUGCAGAUUGGUGAUAAUAGGCAGAUGUUAGAUUAACCUGUGUGUAGAAUUGGUCUAGGGUUUGGAUGAGUAACAAGCUGUAGCCUCGACAACUAUGACUUUUUUUUUUUUUUUUUCAUGUAAUAUGUACUACCGAUAGAAUGCACCAGAGGGCACUCCAAUGACUGUUGCAUGAACACUCACCCUGGAUUGAUUCCUGUUCUUUGUAACCAAAAAUAAGUGUGCAAUUUUUUUUUUAUCUUUGUCAAAACUACAGAAUAUGUUAAGAUAAGGUCAUUAGGUUUUGGUUGAUGAAAUAUAAUGUCAAAGUGACGUUAAGAUGAAAUAUUGCGAUUUGUGUUUAUUUUUCAGUGUUUAUCCAUCUAUGAUAUGUUUAGAGUUAUCCUUGUCUCAAAGGGAUAUGAACCAGCGUAAUUCUUUCUAAAGAAUUGACUAAAGUCUCUAAAUAACUGUAAAAAAUAAUUAGAUUUUCCCAAGUUGUCACAGAAACAGCCAAUCAAAUCAAUUUCUGCGCUUGUUGUACCGUCCACUGCACUCCCUAACACAAAUAUGCUGUAAGAGUUCUUUUACAGAGACUGUC